GUAACCCGGACGGAGUGGAGUGGGCACCGAGGAUGUCUGACAAUGCUGAGUCCCCGACAGAAACACAGAAAGAGGAGCCGCAACCCCCUCCCGACGACGCCACGACAAACGAGGAGAAGAAAAAAAUUGACGUGCUGUUGAAGGCGGUGGGAGACACCCCGAUAAUGAAAACAAGGAAGUGGGCAAUGGAGAGGGGGAGGACCGUGCAGUCUCUGGCUCAGUUUAUCUCUCGUUUCCUCAAGCUUGAAGCCAGUGAACAGCUGUUCAUCUAUGUCAAUCAAUCCUUUGCGCCUUCACCGGAUCAAGAAGUAGGAGCCCUCUUUGACUGCUUCGGCAGCGAUGGCAAGCUGGUUCUACACUACUGUAAAUCUCAAGCCUGGGGUUAACGCCUCAAUACAGCAUCCCGCCCUGUAAAUUCAUCCUCACACACAUAUGCACGUCAUGUUUUUUCCUCUUCUGCCAUUUGUUCUCUUCUUUUUUUAAAAUGUACAGAUUCUGUAAAUAAAUUAUUGUGACAAU